CUUCUCUACUCACAAAUGUGGGCCACUUGUGGGGCCGAAAUAUUCCUGACUUGCUGCAAUCCAUGUGAGUCGGACCCCACCAAUGAGUGGGUCCAUAAGCAUGGUCCCGCAUUGGACUGUCACAGCCUCCUCCAAUCACAGAGCGGAUAUUUAACACGGGUAAAUCAAAGUGGGCGCGAGGAAAAGCAUGUUCGGUGCUUUGAUCUUAUCAUGUCCCUGCGGCGCUCUCAAUCAAGCUGUGUGCCACACGAGCACGCGUCUCGGCCCCACUCGGGUUCACGCGUGCCUGCGCCGAACCCCAUCAUAAUCGCCUCCACCUCCGAAGAAUCAUCGACUCGAAAAGAAGCCAUAUACCUCUGUCGCACGGCUCGUCGGGCAGACAGCAACAGGCGUUUCGGCACCGGUCCAUCCAUGGGUGAACCUGAUUUUGUCAAUAAAGACAAGCUAAUAUUGAGGGGCUUACAGUUUCAUGGAUUUCAUGGCGUGAAACCAGAGGAAAAGAAGCUAGGACAAAAGUUUGUGGUUGAUGUAGAUGCCUGGUUAGACUUAAGCAAUGCUGGUAAAUCUGAUGAUAUUUCCGACACUGUCAGCUACACCGAUAUUUAUAGGUUAGUUAAGGAAGUUGUGGAGGGUCCAUCUCGAAAUCUUUUGGAGUCGGUAGCUCAUGUGAUCGCAAAUACCACAUUUCUCAAAUUCCCUCAGAUAUCUGCUGUCAGAGUGAUGGUUGGGAAGCCUCACGUUGCUGUCCAUGGCACCAUCGACUAUUUAGGCAUCGAAAUACUUAGACACAGAGAUCAAAAUCAUGAUAAGUGUGAGCCUGAAUGAGAGUCUUUCGAGAGCCCGUAUUUUUCGCUCAAGUUGAAUUCAGCACGAGCUCUUAUUUGAGAAAUUUUCAUGAACAUCGAGGUACUUUUUCUCCACACCGGUCAAAGAUAAUUAAUAUGCAGUCAUUCGGUGAAGGUGUUUACCCUCAAAUCUGUCUUUCUUGAGUUUUUUUUAAAUAGUACAUAAUGAAGAUGAGAUUUGAAUCCAAAACUUUUGAUAAGUGGGUCUGA